CAGUGAUUUGUAAUCAGUAGCCGCACUGAAGGCACGUUGUUCCUGCAGGAUGAAGUAAGACUCCACCGCGAUGGGUAACAACAAGAGCAAGGAGAACGAGGUCACUGACCUGCUGGAGACGCACACUGACCACACUGACUCCAUCAACUGCAUCUGUGUAGCUGACGACGAGUCAGUAAUAGUCACAGGCUCCGAGGAUAAGACUGCACGCUUGUGGACCACCAAGGACCCCAAGGGGUCAGAGUGUCUGGGGACCCUAAAAUCUCAUUACUCUUAUACCUCUCAAAUUGCUCUUAGUUUCUCAGCUGUUCUCUUGGGUCUCUCAUCACGUACUCUCUAUUACCGCCACUUACACAACUCCACAUCACUCUCAGCUUUCCCAUCACUCUCUGCCACACUCACUGACCCAUGUUUCUUGUUGUAUGGCCACAAGAAGACCGUACAUCCCCUUAUUUACAUCUCUGCGGAUGAGUCUAAGGGGGAGGAGGACCUGGUGAUCACUGGCAGCACUGACUCCACUGCCAAGCUCUGGACUCUUGAUAGUGGGACAUGCUUGAAGACAUACGCCAACCACAAGGGUCCCGUCAUGGUGAUGACAAAGACAAACUCAGGAAGAAUUCCUCUUCAACCAAACCGGGACAUUGCUACAGCCAAGCAACUCAAGGUGUACGAGAGCCACAACACAGAGAUCAUGUGUCUAUCGGUCGUGAACAAGCUGAUGUACUCGGGUGACUGCGCCGGCCUGUGGAACACAGCUGUGGGGUACGGUGAUGUACGAGGCUUCGAGGCUAAGACCAGCGCUCUGGUGAAGACUCUCACUACCAAGGACUCGACCCAAGUCAUCAACUGCAUGGCUAUCUGCAACGACAAGCUGUUCUCCUGCUCUCAGGACGGCAAAAUGAGAUACUGGGACAUCUCCAAUAUUGGAAUAGGUGGUGUCCAUUGGAGGUGGGAGAAACCGCUGGUGGGGCCACAGUGGGUACGUGACGUGUGUUCAUGUGUUCGACACUUACGUCUUCACUGGCUCCAGCGUCUGCCACCAUCAAGAAGUGGAACCAUGACCUCCAGCAUUGAAUUCACCUACGAAGAUCUCAUUACUCUUAGUCCUCUCAUUGCUCUUAGUUUCUCAGCUGUUCUCUUGGGUCUCUCAUCACGUACUCUCUAUUACCGCCACUUACACAACUCCACAUCACUCUCAGCUUUCCCAUCACUCUCUGCCACACUCACUGACCCAUGUUUCUUGUUGUAUGUAUGUUCACAGAACAACUCGAGAGUAGCCAACUGUGUCUGCCCCACAGGCCCAUAA